AUGUCCGAACCGGGCCCCGAGUCAAUCCCUACAAGCGCAGACCCGCGCAGCAAAAGACCCGUCAAGCGCCGCGCAAUCACGCCGCACUCGGAACAAGCAACGCAAAUCGACUCCCUGUUCAAAGACCCAUCAAAGGAAAUCAAACUGCCCGACACUGCGAAGCCACGCUCUGUGGCGUCGUUGGCUGCGCCGCCGGAAAUCGUCGCCAAUGUGCAGGGUUCUUCGGCGGGUGCUGGGUCGGGCGAGUUCCAUGUCUACAAGGCGAGUCGGAGGAGAGAGUAUGAGCGACUACGGAUGAUGCAGAGUGAGGUUGAUAAGGAGAAGGAAGAUAAGGAUUGGGAUAAGGAGAGGGAAGAAGCGAAGCGAAAGGAUGAAGAGAAGACGGAGAAGAAUCGGAAGAAGAGGGAGAAGAGAAAUGCGGCGAAGAAGAAAAAUAACAAGAAUGCUUCGGGCAAUGGGCAAGAAACGGACAAGGUGGAGGCCAGAAAACCAGCUCCAGCGCUCAGGUUUCCUGGCCAGAAAACAGACGAGGAUCAGGGCCAGGAAGAUGGGCCAGCACCGGCCGAGGAGGUUGGAGUCAUCAUCCACGAUGACUGA